GGCAUGGGAGAGGAGAGGGGAGGGAAUCAUGCCUGCAUGGCGACCCUAUUACUUUUUUUUUGGCGAAAGUAGGUAUGUAUCUAUGCUCGUUCUAGAGUUUAGCUACAACGCAAUACUUUGUUUUGUUGCAUGCUCUAGCUGCUUUGACGAGCAACGGUAUGGGCAUUUAUGGGCACUUAUAGGGUUUAACACGCUAUGGAAGCAUGCCCAGACAAACCUAUGUAGCCUAUCGACCGUCGACCAUCAACCAUGCAUCGGCGGUAUUUGCAACCAGCAGCGCAGCGCAGCGUAUCGGAUGUGCAAGGUGGGACAGUACGUUCGGGGAGACCCAGCCAGAACGAUCUAUCUCGAAGGCCGAAGAGGCUUUAAGAUUUAGCACCUAUCGUAAAAGACGAGAACGCCCCUUUUUAGAAUUAUUCCAACCAGGAAUACGAAAAGAAAAGGAAGAAAUAAGGCCAUAAUGAAGUCAAAUGAGUUAGUGUAAUUAUUUUUAGUUGAUAUCGGACAGCCCUACUGGUUUGACGAGUCUUCUUGGCGAUGGAAAUUUAGACGGAUUACCGGCAUUAAGAAUUAAUUUCUACUACACGAUAACAAAAUUCCUUGCGACCCCCUUGCCCCUUUUUUGCCUCUCUAUCUACCUAGGUAGGUACUUAGGUAACAAAGUUUUAAUAUAUAGUACAAACAAUUGAAGCUUUAAAUAGCCUACAAUUAUUUGUCUAUUGAUUAUUAGAUGCUCUGUCGUCCUGCCC